CGGGGAGGCAGUGGCCAGGACAGCCAUGGCUCCGGCACACAGGGUGGGCCUGCUGCUGUCCCUGCUGCUGCCUGUGGUCAGCGCCUCCAUUCCGGGCACCGUGGUCAGACUCAACAGGGCCGUGCUGAGCUACGUGUCUGAAAUUGGGAAAGCCCCGCUCCAGCAGGCCCUGAACGUCACAGUCCCGUAUUUCCUGGACUGGAAUGGAGAGGUGCAUCAGCCCACAAGGAUCCAGACUUUGAACAUCCGCGUGCCUCACUUCCACCUGAAAUUCGUUGCCGACUUCGGGGUGCGAUUGUUGGUAGCAGCCAAUUUUACUUUCAAGGUCUUUCGAGUCCCAGAGCCCCUGGAGCUGAUGCUGCCCGUGGUAGUGCUGGCCGAUGCCCAUGUGGCCCAGGGCUCCAUCGGGACCCCCGUGGUCAGCAUCUCUGCCUGCUUCCCGCUCUUCAGCAACGCCAAUGUGUCCGAUGGCAGUUCCAGCGUGGCCCCGGGGCCGCUGGCCCUGGUGCAGAAGCACGUCAGAGCUGUCCUGCGGAACAAGCUGUGCCUGAGUGUCUCCAACCUGGUGCAGGGCCUCAACGUCCACCUGGGCACUUUAAUUGGCCUCAACCCUGUGGGUCCAGAGUCCCAGAUUCGCUACUCCAUGAUCAGUGUGCCCAACAUCACUAAGGACUACAUUUCCUUGGAUAUCAACGCUGUUCUCUUCCUACUGGGCAAGCCCAUUGUCCUGCCCGUGGACACCACCCCCUUUGUGCUGCCACUGCACGUGGGUGCCGAUGGAACCAUGGCAACCGUGGGUCUCUCCCGGGACCUGUUUGACUCUGUCCUCCUGCUGCUGCAGAAGGCUGGUGCCCUCAACCUGGACAUCACAGGGCAGCUGGAGUCGGGUGACAACCUACUCAACACAUCUGUGCUGGGCCAGCUCAUCCCCGAGGUGGCCCGCUGGUUCCCCAAGCCCAUGCCUGUGGCGCUCAAGGUGCAGCUGGGUGCCACGCCCGUGGUCACACUCCAUACCCACAAUGCCACGCUUCAGCUGCAGCCCUUCGUGGAGGUCCGGGCAGUGGCUUCCAACUCAGCUUUCCGGUCCCUCUUCUCCUUUGAUAUGGUUGUGAACCUGAGCCUCCAGCUCUCUGUGUCCAAGUUGAAGCUUCGGGGGACCACAUCUGUGCUGGGGGAUAUCCAGCUCGCCGUGGCCUCUUCCAAUGUGGGCUUCAUUGAUACGGACCAAGUGCACCCACUCAUGGACGCCGUGUUCAAGAAGCCCCUGCUGGAUCACCUCAACGCUCUCCUGGGCAUGGGGAUUGCCCUCCCCAACGUGGUCAACCUUCACUAUGUCGACCCUGAGGUCUUUGUCUACGAGGGCUACGUCGUGAUAUCCAGCGGACUCCUAUACCAGCGCUGAGGUGGGACCACCAGGGGAGCUGAGAGUGGGCCGGCUGCCUGCUUCAAGGUCUCUCUUGCCUCAAGCCACUUGGGAAACUGAGGCAAAGCCACAUUUAGCCAUCACCGGCAAGCCAGAUGAUCCAGCCAGGCUGUUUAAUCUCCACUGAGUGCCUGAGCUCCCCUACCCCUUCCCCUCUCUCCCUCUUUCCCCCUCCCCGCCCUCCUUCCCUCCCCUCCUCCCCCCUCCCUCCUCCGUCCCUGUGAGCACAGACCAUUUCUCCAGGCUGUACAGACCUGUCCCCUCUCGCAUUAAACAUU